AUGGAAAACAGUAAUAAUGGAAAAGAUAAUAAUAAUGACAUAAAUGGUGAUAAUAUUGAUAAAAAUGGCAAUGAACAAAUAAAAAAUAAAGAUGAAUCUGUAAAUGAAAUUUCCAAAGAUGAAAAUAAUGAAAUCAAUAACUAUAAUGAUAAUGAAAAUGGCGUUGGCAACGACAAGGAUAAGAAUACAAGCAGCACUAGCGGAUCCAAUGAUAAUAUAGUUGAAAAGGAUAGCGAUGGAUUUAUAUUACCCCAAAUUAACAAAAAAACAACAACCUCUACCUCUACCUCUACUUCUACGACCUCCACAACUACAACCACAACAAAUAAUGACGGAUUUAAAAUGCCAGAACCAAAACCAGAAACAGUAUUAAAAUCAAUGAUAUCCUCCAUUUUCAAUGACUCUAAUAAAGAUGAUAAUGAAAAAGCCAAUGAGCUUAUAAAUCAGUUAUUAAAAGACAAAUCAAAAAAUCAAUAUUUAGAUGGUUAUGAUGAUGAUAAUACCGAUGAUUCAAAGAAAAAGAGAAAAUUUUUUAAUAUAAACAACAUUAAUAAAAAUGAAGAUAAUAAAUCAAAUAAAGAAGGUGAAAUAGACAACAAUAAAAAACAAAAUACCAACAACAACAACCACAGUUUUGAAGAAAUUAAAUAUGAUGAAAAUGACGAAUUUGAACACUUUUUAAUGGAAAAUGAUAAAAAAAUAACAAAACAGCAACAUAGUGAUAGUGAUCCCACAGAACACAAUAAAAAUACACAAAAGAAAAAAAAAGAGAAAUUUAAAUUUUAA